GCAAAAUAAUACGUACAAAUAGAUUAAAAUAGUUUUCCGUGUGGAAAGUAUUUGACUAUUUGACUAUUCCAUCUGCUAUCGCUAUACAUCAGUAAUUGGCUUUGCUUUCUUUACCAACUGGUUCGACAACCAUAUCUGAAUACUUAUGCACCUAGUCUUCGGAUGUCAAUGUCAAUAUUGUUAUACGCGCAGUACUAUUAUUAACGCUUAUACCUAAAUUGAUAGAGAAUUUUAUAAGGGACAGAUGUUAAUCCAGACCAAGUAUGAAGUAUACCUUUUGGUGUCAAUCAUGUUUAAGGGAAAUGUCCAAACAUUGUAUGUGCAUACCAAUUAGUGAACAAAGGGAAAGAAAAUAUUUGGAAAAUGGCAGAGUAAUAAUUUUUUCGCCCAAAAUUCCAUUUUUAGUCGCAUGGGCACAACCAGUGCAAAGCUCGUUCCGUAACGUAACCUAUUUCUGAAAAUGUUAAUUUUGACUUGUUUCACAAUAAUUGCAUUUAUAUUAUCAAAUAAUAUUCAGUCUGCAAGAAUUCGUGCUUCGAACCACCACGACAUGUCAGUAACAGUGAUUUUGGACAGGCCUGUCGAAUAUGGAUUAGUAGAUUUGCAAGACAACUACACUUUGCACGAAAAUUCAAUCACAGUUUUCCAUCAAAAGAGCGAUUCUUUAAAUUCGAACUUUGAAACGUUUACUGCAUUUUAUUUGACUAGAAGAUUUGUGUACCUUCACGAGAUAUAUAUUUGUAUUACAGAUUUUAAUAGCUUAUUCAGCCUCCAGUACAAGGUUAACAAUUUUCUUGCCAGAAUAAAUAAUAUUUUUACAAAACCCAAGAUUUAUAUCGUCUUUUCUACGAGUGAUGUGCAACAACAAAUAAAUCUGCUGAAUAAUUUUAGAACAUUUGCAUUUCCCAUUGACACUGAGGUGUUUCUUACACUCAUGAAUUCACAAACUCGGACAAUUUCUGUUUGGGAAAGUGUCGCUUACAAGCAAGUAAUUAUAACAAGACAGAUUUUUUCAUGGGUUGAAGCUUCUAAUUUUGAGGGGAUGAAAUGGAUGGAGAAAAUCGCCCUGAUUCAAAAAUACUUUCUCCCAUCCCCAAUUUCUUACAGACGUCAAAAUAUCAUGGAAGGCGUAAACGUGGCGGCUGUUGCUCAAAAUGAUCCUGAUUACCAACCACGCAUUAGAACUAUAAUUCACUCCAACGGCUCAGCAGAAUUUGUAGCUGGAAUGUGUCUCGAAGUAUUGGACUUGUUGCAGUUUCUCUUAAAAUUUAGUUACACUGCGAUUGACGGGAAAGGUUGGAUGGGCAUAUUUCCGAACGGCACUUGGACAGGACAGAGUGGUCAAGUGGUGAACGAGGAAGCAGAUUUUAGCAUUUCGCAAGCAUCCACAAUUAUGAUGUUGGACCAAAUUCAUGGGAUAACAUUUCUACAUUCGACCUCCACCGGAACACUGGUCGCCAUCUUUCGCCAACCUCAUCUCAGCUCAAUAAGAGAUAUCAUCCUUACAGUCUUCCAUCCAUACCUCUGGUUGUGCUACCUGCUCGUCUGGACCAUUCUUCUCAUCUGCUUAAAAAUUAUGUUUAACGUAUUAAAACACCAUGAGAUGAUUCUGCCAGGGGACGCAAAAUUCAUUAAGGAUUCCCCUUUGAUGCUGUGGGCAAUCUCGGCGACGGCCAACCUAGGAUGGAACAUGACUCCCAUCUCGUCAUCUAUCCGACUGAUAUUUAUGAUUGGAUUCUUCUUGGCUGCGUGCAUGUAUAUUGCUUACUCAGCAUCAAUGGUGACCAAUUUGUCGACAGAAACAAUACCGGUUAAAAACUCGAAAGAUCUCGCAGAUAGCUCGAUUGAGAUUUUUGCAGAUAAGUGGUUGCCGAUGACUCACAAAGUGAUGGAGAAUAUGUACCGUGAGAGACAUGUGGAUAUUCAAAAUCUCGACGCCUUUACCAACCAGCUGGAGUUCAUAAUACCUGAUCUAAUGAAUCGAUCUUGGGCAUUUAUCACAUUUUCGGAUGCAAUCUCCGUCGUAUUUCACAGGCUGAAUUUCACCGAUGUAGUCUUUUGUCAGACGAUUUACUCCGUCGUGGCGUCCAAAGUACUCUACCCAAAUGCUAUGUAUGUCAAGAGGGGAUCGCCUAUUCGGGAAAUCCUGAACACAAGAAUACUGCUCUUGAUUGAAAGAGGAUUUCUCUCUCGGCUGAACCGAUUUUACGACAGGGAGACGCAAAUAUUGUGCUUGCAUCAAAACAGAGCGUACAGAGGAGGAUUGACGAUGCGAGAUACUAUAACUCCUUUCUUUUUUAUAUUUUUUGGAUCGAUAGCAUCACUACUAAUUCUAAUUUUGGAAAGAAAUUUUAAAAGAAAGACAACCUUUGAUUUGAAUAAGUAGGGAUAAAAUAAGAGAAUUUAGUAUUCUAUGAAAUGCUCUAAAAAGUGUAAAUGAAUAUAUAUUUUUCAUAUUUUUGUUGCACCUGAAUCUGCUUGAGAAAACAUCAUUUUAUUGCGUAAAUUACAUAUUAAUCAUCCUUCUGAUUUAGAAUAUAUUCCCCAAUUCCCAAGUAAUAUACUGCUUGCAAUAUUCCUGUAAAAUUGUCAAUAUCAUGAUUAUUGUGAUUGUGGUACAUGCAUGCAUAUGCAGUAAACUUAUU